AUGCACCGUGUUUCAUGCCGUUUUGACCCGACUAUACAUACUUCGAGGAAACCUACGUUGGAUAUCAGCGCGAAUGAACCUUUCUCAUCAAGCGAUGGUGUGUUGACCGUUGAACCUAGCUUUAGAACCUUACGAAUGGUUGUUCAAGCACUCGCUAGAAUCUUGAACACCAGAGAAGAUGGUCUACGGCUAUUCCUGUGUGUUUUAGCAGGAUAUCCUCUUGCUUUCUUCCAUCGGUCUGUAUUAUAUAAUAAACCAGCAAAUGUUCAACAUGCUUUCUUCGUGACUGCUGGGCUGAUUCUGUAUAUUUUUAACUGUGGAUAUGACGUUGUUCACACGCUAAUUGCUAUCGUAUUUGCAUAUAUAAUUACCAAUUUUUUGAGAGGUAAAGUUGAAUCAAUAGUAGCUGCCCAUACAGCAUUCCUGGGUUACCUCCUCGUGGCUUACUGGUUUGAAGAGUCAGACGGGUAUGAUAUCAAUUGGACAACGCCUUUCUGUGUAUUGACCCUAAGGUUCAUUGGUCUAGUUAUGGAUGUAUAUGACGGAGCGCACAUGGAGAAACUCAAGCCAGAUCAGAAGAAAACCGCUGUGAAAGAAGUUCCUGGUUUACUAGAAAUCGCAGCUUUUGGCCUUUUCUACACAGGAACCUUUACUGGACCUCAGUUCACUCUAAACAAGUUCCGUUCGGUUGUGAAUGGGGAAUGGCUAGAUGAAAAACGACAACCAAGAGCAUCAGCAUACGAAGCUGCGCUUCGCCGAUUUGUCGGCGGUUGCAUUUAUAUGGCUAUAAAUCAGUUUGGAUGUGCAUGGUUACCGAGUACGUAUUUCAAUACUAUCGAAUUUUACGACCAAAGCUUAUUCUGGCGGUGGACAUGGGCUACCAUUUGGUUUCGGCUCGUAAUGUGUCGAUACUGCGCCAUGUGGAUGGUUGUGGAAGGAGCUUCAAUAAUCAAUGGGCUCGGGUACAAUGGAAAGGACGAAAAUGGAGAAGAUCGGUGGGAUGGAGCUAGGGAUAUUCACGUCUGGAAAUGGGAAACAGGCCACGACUUCACAUCACUUGUACAGUCAUUUAACUGUGGGACGAAUACGUUUGCGAAGAAUCAUAUUCUGCGACGCUUACGAUGGUUAGACAGCAAACCGUUAGCACAUCUAGCCACACUAGGUUAUCUAGCUAUAUGGCAUGGAUAUCACCUCGGAUACUUCCUCCUUUUCGGUUUGGAAUUCGCUUGCAUGGUUGCUCAAGAUCAGCUCUAUAAACUUAUUGACCGAACCCCUGGAUGGGCCGAAUUUAACGCAAACCCAUUAGUUCGACCAUUUGUAUGCGUUUUCGGGCGGGUUGUCAUUCUCUACACUACGGGAUUUGGUUUCUUGACAUUUGGGCUUGUGAAAACGAAAUACUGGAUUGGACCCGUCAAAUCGCUAUAUUUCCUUGGUUAUAUCUUCUACAUUGUGGUAUGGCCACUUCUGCAUUAUGCUCUUGUUGCCGUACUGCCAAGAAAGCCAAACCAAGAGAUAAAGGAAUCGCUCUCGGUAAGCGAGAAGAAGUCAGAACUAGCUAAGAAGAAAACUUAG